AUGGCUUCUCGAUUCAAUCAUGUCUCGGCCAUUCUUCUCACGCUCCUCUUUGGUUUUGUCGUACUUGGAUCAACUCGGCAGUCCUCCGCCGUUGAAACCCGAAGUCAGCUUCCCGAUUUUGAGGAUUCCCCGGCCGAUUUCGUUCCGGAUGAGCAGCAAAGACAAAAUUACUGGGCUCAGGGUGGCAAUGAUAUUGUGCACGAAGUAUGGUCCAUCUUGAAGGACUUUGAACCGAAAUGGAAGGACAGCGUGACCCCGGCGCAGCCUUCGGGCGUCCUUCAAAUGCUAUGGCACUACACACGAAUCGUCUUUCGUGCCUUGUUCAUGAAUACUCCGACACGAAAUGAGAUUGAUGAUGGGGAUAAUGGCGAAAAGAUCACAGGAGAUCUGAAAAAAGGUGUCGAUGCCCUCAAAACCGCAGCCCAAUUUGACGAUCCCGAUGCCAUCUAUCUUCUUGCGGAGAUGAAUUUCUACGGCAACUUUUCGCAUCCACGAAAUUUCCAUCAGGCGAUGCAUUGGUACAAGAAGCUGGCGGACUUGGAUGGCAAUAGCACGGCACAGAACAUGUUGGGCUUGAUGUAUGCGACCGGAAUCGGCGGCGUGGAAAGAGACCAGGCCAAGGCGUUGCUUUACCAUCAUAUUGCUGCGGAACAAGAUAACAUUCGAUCCGAGAUGACUCUGGCAUUUCGGUAUCAUGCGGGUAUUGGCUGCCCGAGAGACUGCAACAAGGCAGUAGACUAUUAUAAAAGAGUGGCGGACAAGGCGAUGGCGUAUUGGCACUCGGGGCCUCCUGGCGGACAUUCGUUUGUUCGCAACGCCUACCGAUGGGUCGAGGUCGACGGAGGGAUCUAUGGCGAAGGUGCUAGUGUCAGCAGCUCUGGUCCCAACGCUCCUCGCGACGGGAUCACUGCCGCCCAUGUCGACUAUGUCCUGGAAUACCUUGACAUGAAGGAACGCCAAGGUGACUACACCGCGGUUCUCACUCUUGGGAAACACUACUAUGAAGCUCCCCGAGGUUACAAACGAAACUUCCGCAAGGCACAACGGCAAUUCAUGAAAAUUGCUCGGGCUUACUGGGGCAAGGACGGAAAGGUCAACCCGAAAGCGCCCAAGGGAAUUGAAAGAGUCGCCGGCAAGGCUGCCGCGUAUAUUGGGCGCAUGUUCCUUCGAGGCGAAGGCACGGAACCAAACUUUGACAUGGCUCAGACGUGGUUCAAGCGUGGAAUUGCCAAUGGCGACUCCUUCGCACAGUACCAUAUGGGACUGAUGUACCGAGACGGCCUGGGGGUCCCUCAAGAUGGAAUCCGUGCUGGAACCUAUCUCAAGGCCGCCGCUGAGCAAAGUCUCCCAAUAGCUCAAUCCGCGUUAGGAGUUCUCUUCCUCGACCAGGGCGACAUCGACACGGCCGGCCGAUAUUUCGAACUCGCCGCUGGCGCAGGCGUGAUGGAGGCGUUCUAUUACCUCGCCGAACUAACCAACCAAGGUGUCGGUCGUGAACGCAACUGCGGUCUCGCGACCGUCUAUUAUAAGGUCGUCGCCGAGCGAGCGGAGACCUUGCAUUCGGCUUUCGGCGAGUCCAAUUCCGCAUACGAGAGAGGGGAUUUUGAACGCGCAUUCAUCGCCGCCCUCAGCGCCGCCGAGCAAGGCUACGAAAACGCCCAGGCCAAUGUGGCAUAUCUUCUCGACCGGAAAACCUCUGUCAUCUCUCUCCCCGGCAUGUCUUUCCUCUCUUCCACGAAACCGAGCUCCAAGCGCAGCAAACUUCUUGACGACCCAGAUCUCGCUCUCGCAUAUUUCACUCGAUCCGCUAAACAGGCCAACGUCGACUCUCUCGUCAAAAUGGGUGAUUACUAUCUCUCACUUUCCUCGUCGCGGUCAGGGUCAGUCUUCUCUGAUGAAGAAGCCAAAUCGAACCUGGAAAAGGCCACCACUUGCUACACGACGGCGGCGGAGUCGCACCACAGUGCCCAGGCGCUAUGGAAUCUAGGCUGGAUGCACGAGAACGGCAUCGGCAGCGUCGCUCAGGACUUUCACAUGGCGAAGCGCUAUUACGAUCUCGCGCUGGAGAUGAACAAGGAGGCAUAUCUCCCCGUCACACUGGCUCUGACCAAGUUACGUGUCCGCUCCUGGUGGAACGGCGUCAGCGGGGGCAAAAUCAAUUCGAUACGGGACGAGGAAGACGAGGAAGGGAGACGGCGCCCCAAAACAUGGACCGAGUGGAUCAACAGGUUCCUGGAUGCGGCGGAGGAGAUGGAUGCACAGGAAGCGGCCACCGCAGCACGAGAGAGGGAUGAUGAAGACCUCCUCGCCUACGGCGACCCGGGCAUGCCGGGCGGCGAUGGCGAUUACGCCAACGGGCCUCGUCGAGACAGGCAGGUUGGUGCCGGCGCGCAGGGCGAGGAUGUCUACGGUGCCGACGAAUGGGACGAUUUCGACGACGGCCUUGUCGAGAGUCUUAUCAUCAUCGCGCUGGCGGGUGCGUUGGCGUUGCUUGUCUACGCGCGCCAGGCGAGGCAGCGGGCCCUUGAUGAGGAGAGGCGUCAGAAUCAAAACCAAAAUCCGCCAGCACAGCCAACACCACCAAGCCAAGGACAGGCACCCGCACAAGGACAGCAGCAGGAUCAAAAUCAAAAUCCAAACCCCAAUCAGGCCCAGAAUGAAGGAGGCAUGUUCCCGAGGCCUGGGGACUUGGAGUUCAACAAUUGGGUGGCGGGCGGAAUCGGACAUUGA